AUGAAACUCGCUAAUUGUACUUUAUUAUGCCUCUUAUUAGUAACAGUAUUCGUUGCUAAUCAGGCGCUCGAUAGAGGCGACAUUAUUCUGGAACAUGAUUUUGAUGGAUCUAAGAAACAAAUAUAUUGGAAAGGAUUUCUUGGGUCUUUAAUACAAUUGGUUACAACGGAUCGUGGCAAUCAAGCAUUACGUAUUGAACAAUAUCAAAAAAAUGCUCUAACAGCAUGGGUAGCUCUUCCUUUACCAGUAUCAAUAAUAUCCGGCUGUAAAAUUCGUAUUCAGACCAUUGUUAAAGCAGAAAAUAUUAGUUUACCUCCAAAUAUAUGGAAUGGUAUUAAAGUUAUGCUUCAGAUACAAGCACCUAGCGGAGAUAAUUAUCCACAACAAAAUUUACUGCAAGGAACAUUUGAAUGGCGCUUAGUGGACUUUAUUACUCGUAUUCCUAAUGAUGCACGUCAAGUGACUAUUUAUAAGAAACCACGUUCUCAUCCACCAUCAAUUCCAUCAACAGGACUACCUUAUAAAGGUCAUAGCUUGCCACGAUUACGAGGCGCAAUGAUAGGUACCAAUCUCAAAGAGAAAGAUUUUCGAGAUUUUGGUUCUUGGAAUGCUAAUCAUAUUCGUUGA